UCACUGAUCAUAAAAGGGAGCUGAUGGAGGCGAGGAAGAAAAUUUUAGAGCAAGAUGCACGUAUACAAAACCUUGAAGUAAUGGUGUAUAAAAAGGGUACCAUGUGCGAUAAUUCGAUUGAUGACAAAGGCAGUUGCUCAGUAAAGUUGCAACCCAUGAUUGAAGAUGGCAUGAAGAACGAUGAUGAUGACCUACAAAUUUUGUGUCAAGCUGAUGUUUUGCAGGGAAAACCAGUUGCAUUGACAUUGGAAUCUAGCACAAAUAUUGUUGCACAUGGUACAAUUGUUUGUGGCAAUGAAUCUAAUAAAAUGCUUCAUGGUGUUCCAUUUCCAAAUAAUCGCAUGCGAGUCUCCAUUGAUGAAGCAGUAGAAAAAUCAGCACCUUUGCCAUAUCCAAUUCCAAGUGAAUUUGAAGUAAUUGGUGAUGCUGUAGGAACCCAUGUGGCUUGGCCAAAACACUUGAUAGUGAACCAAGAUGAGAAGCCUCGAAGGAAGAAGCUUGAACAACCAAAAAAGAAACAUACUUUGUCAACAAGUGCCCCAAGAGCAUUACAUAUGUUAUAUUGUUAUAGUAAGCGUGCUUUAGAUGAUGGCAGAUAUAUAUCAGUGAGUUUUGAUUAUGACGUGUUUGAUGAUGAUUAUGAACUUGUUCUACACCUUGAAGACAUCAUUCCUUUGUAUCAUUUGGAGCCCCUUUCAGGCAAUUGUGUAAUUGGCUACAUAUGGUAUCUUUAUAAAAAACUGCUGAAAGAUAACAAGAAAGAAAAAUUCAGAUUUGUGAAUCCACAUAAAAUCCCAUAUAUGGCAACCAGUGCACAUGACAAAAAAGGUAAGUUUGAAAGGCUAAACCAAAGGGCAAGUCAUUUGGCAGGCAGGCUAAGUGGUGCAUCUGUAGAUCAACUUGUUUUGGUGCCAUGUAAUAUCGGUUUCCAUUGGAUUCUCACUGUUAUUGACCCUUACAAUGAAGUUAUUUAUUUGUUGGAUUCUCUAAGGCACCGCAUUCAUGAUGAGGAUUGGAAAUAUAUAGUGGAAAUGGCCUUAAGAUUGUUUAAUUCAAACAAGGGAAGGAAAGGUAGAAAAAAGGCUAUGUGGGUAAUAGUAAAGGCUCCUCGACAACAAGAUGCCAAACAAUGUGGUUACUAUGUGAUGCGAUUUAUGAGACAAAUUGUUGAAGAAGUUGAAAUUAUCGAAAGAGAUUCACUACCAUCUAUAUUCACACAAGCAGAGUAUUCUCGAGAAGAAAUUGAUGAGGAGUCCUGGAGGGAUGUAUGGAAAAAAGAUAGUUUCUUAGUUCUGUAUGCAGUUGAUGUGUUAAAUGAGAAAUGCUCAAACUACAUGGUAGAGAUGGCAUGGAUAGAAAAUGUGAGUACUGAAUGA